CUGGGCCCAUUCUCAACCCCACUGUAAACAGCUUCUUCAAUCGUCUCCUUUUCGUUCUUUUAUUUCUAGGUUUCGUUCGAGAGAAGGUUUUCGCGACGCAAAAUUGGCUACUCGAGAUGGCAAGUUACGCUUCAAGAGGUGGACCUUCUAAUGGCUCUGUCUACGUAUGUAAACUACCUGCUGGAACUGAUGAGAAUAUGCUUGCCGAGUAUUUUGGCACUAUAGGGUUGCUAAAGAAGGAUAAAAAGACUGGCAGGCCAAAAAUUUGGUUGUACAGGGAUAAAGUGACCGACGAACCAAAGGGUGAUGCAACGGUUACAUAUGAGGAUCCGCAUGCUGCUUUGGCUGCAGUAGAAUGGUUUCACAACAAGGAUUUUCACGGGAGCACCAUUGAAGUAUACAUAGCUGAGUCAAAGACCAAAGAUUCAGUUAGUGACUCAGUUAGUGCUGCAAAUCCAAGUAUGGCAGAUGAUUUUGGCGGAUAUGAUGAAAUGGACAACGGCACAGGCCGAGGUAGAGGACGAGGUGACCCCUCCGGGAAAGCAUGGCAGCAAGAUGGUGAUUGGUUAUGCCCAAAUACAAGCUGCUCCAAUGUGAAUUUUGCAUUCCGUGGUGUGUGCAACCGUUGUGGAACAGCUCGCCCUGCGGGUGCUGGUGGCAUGGGUGGUGGCGGUGGUGGUGCUGGUCGAGGAAGGGGCCGCGGCGGUAGUGAUGCAGGUGGAAGGAGCCGCCCUGUUGGUGGUCCUACAGGUCUUUUCGGUCCAAAUGAUUGGUCCUGCCCAAUGUGUGGCAAUAUUAAUUGGGCCAAGCGGACUAAGUGCAACAUCUGUAACACCAAUAAGCCAGGUCACAAUGAGGGUGGUGUGAGAGGAGGCCGUGCUGGUGGUUACAAAGAACUCGAUGAAGAAGAAAUAGAAGAAACAAGAAGGCGCCGAAAAGAAGCUGAAGAGGACGAUGGAGAGAUAUAUGAUGAGUUUGGUAACCUCAAAAAGAAAUUCCGUGCCAAAGCACAGCAAUCUGAAGCUGGACAGGCGGUCCCAGGUUCAGGUCGUGCUGGAUGGGAGGUUGAAGAAUUAGAUGUGACUGGAAGAGAUGGCAGAGAGAGAAGCAGAGACCGGGGAAGAGAUUAUGAAGACAGGGAGAGCAGCAGGAACAGGGAAAGGGAUGGUCAUGAGAGGGAGAGGCGAAGGAGCCGUAGCAGAGACAGGGAGAGGGAUCGCGAUAGGGAAAGGGGGAGAGACAGAGAAAGAGACCGUGAUUAUGACAGAGGCCGCGAGUAUGGAAGAGAGCGUGACUACUACAGAGCUCGGUAGUAGCAGCCAAUUCUCGGCUUUUGUUUCUGGUAAAUUUUGGAUGUGAAGUAGAGUUGGAAAGUACUUGCCUUCUUUCUCUGCAUCCUUUCCCCUUGCUAUGGUCGAUGUGCUUGUAACUUCUUUUCUUCUUUGAUCAUCCUUGUUGCCAAGUUGCUCGACUUUAUCUUCUAAUGCUGGUUGACUUCUAUUGUUCGCUCUUCGUGUUCUGGACAAUUCUAUGUUACAAAUUAAGUUACUUAUAUUAGAAGACUUGAAUGAUGAAAUCUGGUGGAGAGUGGUUUGUUCCGCCCGAAUAGUCGUGGUAUC